AUGUCGUCGAGAAAAGAUGAGCCUGCUCUGGGGGGCCUGAAUGAUUUCGUCAAGAAGCUCUUUCAAAUGCUCCUGGAGGACAAGUACGUGAACGUGGUAAGGUGGACGGCCAACGGGAACAGUUUUGUGGUCUUGGACACCAACGAAUUCACCAAGGAGAUACUACCGCGUCACUUCAAGCACUCGAACUUUGCGUCCUUUGUGAGGCAGUUGAAUAAGUACGAUUUUCACAAGGUGAAAAUUUCAAACGAGGAGAAACAGCACUACGAGUAUGGCGACGAUGCGUGGGAGUUCCAGCACCCCGAGUUCCGUAAAGACGAUGUGAACGCUUUGGAAAAUAUCAGAAGAAAAGCACCUACAAAGAAGGAACCCGCGUACGAGGCAAAUCCACAUUACGAUCAGCAGAUCUCCCUGAUAAAACUGGAGUUGGCCCAGUUGCGCGAGGAAAAUAGGUCCAUGAGCUCAAAGUAUAAGGCUGUCUUGGAAGGUGUGGUCACUCUCCGCACAUUUAACGAGAGACAAUUCAGGUCAAUCGGCACCUUGAUCAAUGCGUUGAACGAUGCUGGCAUCAAAAUCCCUCCAUUGGACCUACCCAACCCUAGUCUCAUGAAUAUGGCUCUGCCUCCGGCCGCUGGCAACGCUCCGCAGACGCAGGGUUCUCCACAACAGCCACAUCCAUCGGGCGAAAGAACGAUAAAACAGGAACCACAGCAUUCCGUGAACCACCUGCGAUCAGGCCUGGGUUCGGUUCCCGACUACGACUAUAACUCGCAAGUCCACCAGGCCACGCCGAACAACCGUGCCACAACCCAUUCCAGACAUCCCAGUCUUGGAAAUCACGUCAAUCACAACAGACAUCCCUCGUCUACGCUGCCGUUAGGUGGAGAGAUUGUUGGCCCUGUUUCCACGGCAACGAUAUCCAAUCCAAAAUUCCAUGUAUUGCUAGUCGAGGACGACAAUGUGUGCAUCCAGUUGUGCCGUAAAUUCUUGAUGAAGUAUGGAUGUCAGGUAACCGUGGUGACGGACGGGCUCAAUGCCAUAUCUACAGUUGAGCAAACUAAAUACGAUCUUGUUCUUAUGGACAUUGUUAUGCCCAACUUGGACGGUGCCACUGCAACUAAUAUCAUUCGUUCUUUCGACACAAGAACACCGAUUAUCGCUAUGACUGCAAACAUCCAGGAUGCAGAUUUGGUGAACUACCUACAAAACGGUAUGUCCGACAUCUUGGCCAAACCAUUCACAAAGGACGAUCUCUACGCCAUCUUGACCAAACACCUAAUGUCAGCCUCGACGGCUGCCGAGUACGAAAAUAACAGCACCGAAAUGCGUACUCUACCGUUGGACAAUACCACGCCUGCCAUGGAACAACCACUUAAUAUGGAACAGCCUGUAGGCAUGGCGCAGCAGAUGCCUCAACAGGGAAUGGCAGAGCCUCCUAUGAACCAGCAAAUCACAGACUCAAUGGAAGCUGUUGACCAGCAGGCAAAAAGGCAACGAACUCGCUAA